AUGAUGAUGGACAGCGAGAUAAGAGGACCACCGUCGGUGUCUGAAUCACAGAGAGAAAGUGCAUCUGGAGAUGUUGGAAGGGCCGAGCAAGGGCCUGCAGUGGCGUCACUACGAGCGGCAGCCGGGAGGGUCAUGGCGACCGUGGCUGCGAAGGUUCAAGGGGCGAUGCCACCUUCCGGCAAGACUGGGAGUGCAUCUUCUUUUCUGGGACAGGACGAUGGUGGGUCAGCUGGGACGUUGGGUUCUGGAUAUGUGACAGCAGGGUCUGACAAUCUACGGGAUCAUCCCUCUUCGAGUGGAGGCCAAGAGGCAGCAGAGCCAGGUCUGUUCUCACCUCAGCAGGCACAGAGGCUGCGUGAGAUGCAAAACGAAGCGCCGCUGUUGUAUGCUGGCGAGGAGAAUGAGCCACGACCGACAAGUCCAUCGCCGCCUUUGCCUCACUCGGCGAGUUCAGGUUCUGACCAAGCGGAUGCCAUUCAAGCUGAAGUGAAGAAGCAAAUGCAAACGUUCAUGCGUGUACAGACAGAGCUUCAGCAGAGAGUACCCGUGAAGUCAGCUUCGAUUCCAUUGGCUAUACCUGAGGGGUGGGCCAUGCCCACCGGUUUGGAGGUCGUGCACCAAGCUGGUGGGAUACAACCUGCUACUCCGAUUGCUCCCUCAGCAGGUGACUGUUGGGAAAGGGUUCUUCAGGAGGCUCGAGAUUGGUACAACAACCAGUUUGAUCAGCGGUGUGAUGGGGAUACUUUGUCGACUGCAUGUGGUGUACAAGCCAGGACCUGGAAGCGAUGGAUGACGAGGCUUACUGAUCUAGGGGGAGCUUCUCCCGAUGCAGCGCUGUGUGUGCAAGCUUUGGAGUCAAUCACCAGCAACGUGCUUCGGUCACUGCCAAGUUUGUCUUUCCGGAUCAACCUUGCGCGUGCUUCGCUUCACUUGGACACUCAACCCACCACCAGUAAAGUGGGGGAGUACUAUGAGCACUUGCUUGUUGAGCUAGAGGCUGUGUCCCGGGUUUCAGAUGUACAACCAGUCACAGCGACAGGUGCAAAGCCCGAAGCCAACAAGAAUGUUCGCCAGGUCGAGGCAAAGGUCCAGGGAGCAAAUGACGCCAAUCCAGGUGUAAAGGACCCAAAGGGUGUCAAGGGUGGUGGUGUUCUUGCGUCCGCGGAUUCUCCCAAAAAGUUGUGCAAGUGGUUUCAUGAAGGGAAAGGGUGUAAGAGGGGCAAGGAGUGUCGUUUCCUGCACGAUUGGAACCAGAUCCCGAAACCAGAUCGCGCUGAGCGUUGCAUGGCUUGUGGAGCAAAGGGACACAGAAAGGAUGUAUGCCCUAACGCUCCAGCAGGGGCUGUGGCAAAGAGAGAUGACGGCGCAAGCUCGGCAAAAGCUGCAAAGGUUGAAGGUCAGGCCAAGGCCAAAGGUGCAGAUCCUGGCUUGAAGAAGGUGCUCUCGGAGGCUGCUGGAGUUCUGAGGGACGUGCUGUCUUCCCAAUCUGCCAGCUCUGAUGGCAACUUGCAGGAGAUAAUCUUGGCCAAGGCAGUGAGCGCCUUGAGCCAGGAGGAGCCCACAGCAUUGCUGGAUUCGGGUGCAACGCAUGCUGUGCUUGAUGCCUCGUCGGUGCACAGAAGGAAGUGUGUCGCAGACCAUACUGCCAUUGGGGAGCAAGCACUUCAGCUUGUCAAAGAGCUAGAAGGGGCCCGACUCCAAGAACUUUCUGGGAGGCUGCGAAGGGUCCAGGCUCAGUUGAAAGUUGCUGGUGGCAUGCAGUUCGAAGAAGCCUUGGACGCAUUUGUGACCCAGGGGAGCUACGGAACCGCACUUGCCUUUGCGCGCUUCAUGCCUUUCCUUGGAAGAGUUCCAGAGCGUGUUACCAACCGUUUGUUGGUGGAUUUGCAAGACGCAGUUGGGUGGGAGGCUUUGAAGGGUUUGCCUUUCAACCGGGCAACAAGGAAGAAGCUUCAUCAGUCUCAUGCUUGGUUGUUGCACUUAGGCACCAACAAGGUAGAUCCGACCUUGAGGCAGUUGUGCAAGGCGCAGCACCUUGAGCUGGUGGUGCUUGACAAUUCGCCCGAUGGUACCCUUGAGCCAGGUGUUUGGAAGGCAUUGUCCUGGGCAGCUUUCACAGGUCGUGUCGCAGGUAUCCUCGGUGAUGCUCCUAUGAGAACAUGGAACUCAGUGAAGGUUGACGAAACGUCUUGCAUUCAGCUGCGGAGUCAGGAGCAUUUGUGGGGCGAGCCUAGCAACAGUGAGGGGAUGCAAGCUAGGGUUGAUGAUGACACUGUCCUAGGAAUCCAACCAAUGUGGUUAUGGACGCUUGCAUCGCUUGCGAAGGGUGAAGGUGUUCCUUUUUGCCAGACCCAUGCGCUGCAGAGUGAGUCUCGCUCCUCGCCCUGGCUGGAAGCCGUCGUGAGUCCGUUUGCCGAAUGGAGCAACAGCACAGAGUUUGAGGGUCCCGUGCAGAUGACGCAGACUGAGGAGGAGCCCACUUCAGUGAAAGUUGUGGAAGCGGCAGAUGCAUAUCUGUUGUCAGAUCCGACAAGGUGCAUGUGUGCAGGCAUCGUCCAGUGCCACAGGCCGAACGUGAACGGUGGCGCAAGCACAUUGCUGCUCAUCACAUUCCGUUCAGAAAGGCACGACAAAGGUGCACCAGCAGGUGAACCACAGCCUCCAGAGGCUCAGGCUGAGGUGUGUGGUAGCCCAGAGCAAGAUGACGAUGCAGCCUCCGAAGCCAGUUGGUUACGAGAUCAGCUAGAACCGACGCCCGCUGUGAAGAAGGUCGGUGAAGAUGACUCAUCAUCUCAGGAGGAGGAUGAUGGCUCACAGGUAGGCUGGUAUGAAGCUCCUUUUGUUGAUGAGGCAGAAUGCUCUGGUGUGGAGGCGGCUGUUGAAGCAGAUGAUGAGCCCGGAGUAGAGGGUGGUGUCGGCUUAGACGUUGAUCCUUGGGAAGAUGUUGGGGGUUUCGGUGAAAUGACCGAUGAGAAGUUUGAUGAAGCCCUCUCUGAGAUGUUGUUCUCAGGUGCCAACAAGGUCUUGAGGUUUGCAGUGCCCUUGAAGGCUAGAAAGGGUCCACUGAUCCUUGCAGGUCUACAAGAAAUCGUCACGGAGUGCAACCGCCUCGGCUACCCAGUGAAAGUUGUUCACACCGACCGGGCCAAGGAACUUAUGUCCAAGGCUACCAUGGACUGGCUUCAGUCCAACCUCAUUCAGCCUUCAUUCACUCAGGGUGAUGAUCCGAACGAAGUCGAAUGGUUCGGCCAGAAGGUGAUCUUCAAGAGCAAGCAUCCCACUGGCAAGUCUAAGAGACCUUUCUUGCGGUGGGAGCAUGCUGUGUACUUGUGUCCAACCCCUCGCACGGAGGGAGGGCACGUGCUUCUUCGCGCGUCUUCGAGUGCCUACCUUGUUGCAAAGAACGUGCGGUGUGUGGAGGAAAUGGUGGAUCCCGAAGCUGAGUUUGGAGCUGAACAGGUGAUGGAGGUUGAUCCUCCUGAGCCUGGCUUCGAUCACACUCAAGGAAGCUCACCAGUGGUACCCAGCAGACGUGUUACAGGCAAGAAAGCAGCGCGUUCUGUCAAACUUGCCGCAGAGGACUAUGCUGAAACACUGUUGGAGGGAUUGCUGUUUUCGUCUGAUCACUGUGGAAGACUACUCCAGCUGGCGUUUGAGGGAGUUGGAGGAGGGACGCGUCGGGAGCAUCGUGGUCCGAUAGGGUUUUCGGUUAUCUUCGGUGCUUACAGUCACGGUGGCUUGCAAGGGAUAACAAGAGCUAGUCGGAUGUACCCAAUGGUGUGUCGAUACCUGAAUGAGUACCUGCGCCAGUGCUCUCCCAAUCAGCUUGCAGCAAAUGAGUGGUCGUCACUAAUGAUCGUUGUGGCCGAUGAAGUUGCCAUGCACCGGGAUGUGAGAAAUGAACCUGGGUCCUUGAAUCAUGUGACGCAGUUGACAACACGUUUGAUGUGGAUUGAAGGGACGUCGCCUGUGCUUCCAGAAUUGGCACAGCAAGAUGGCAAAGGCAGAGCGGCGAUGAUGGUGAGGUAUGCCAGGAUGACUGGUGAUGAAUGGGCGGAGCUUUGCCAAUUGGAAGAAGAAGAGUUUGAGCGAAGGAUGGGUCGCUGGCAGCGUGUCCUUGGGGGUCAGGAUGAGGACCCUAACAUGAACGCCCUGUCGGCAUCAAUUCCUCACCAUCUGUUCAUGCAAACGGUGUUUCGACAAAGAAACUGGAACAGAAAUCCAGAGGUGAUCGUGCCAGGAGCCGAAGGCGAGCCACGCCUGCUCGCACGUGUCUUGGAUUUCGCAGAUGACGGGCCCACGGAAGAGUCCCCGUUCCCUGAUCGCAUGCUCAUGUUUUCAGUGCAUGAUGUGAUCCGAGAUGUUGUCGAAAUGGUGAUCCUUCGUGUGGAGGCAAGGCGACCACCUCAGGAGGAGCAGCGUCAGGAGGAGAUACAACCGAUCCUUCAACCUCCUGGGCCUCCACCGCCAGAGGUUCGUGCCGUGAGGACUGAGGUUGGAAGGUGUAAUUUUCCCACAGGUCCAGCCAAACUCCCGGUGCAUCUUCCUAAUCCCACGUUCAUCAAGGUUGUGCCUGUACAACCUGUCCCGGUUCCAGAGCCCGAAGCCCUCGCGUGCAAGACCGAAGCAACAACCACCAAGGACCUGGAGUCAGUAUUGGACCGGCUGCAAGAGCCAUUGAGUGUAACGCACACUGCAUCUCAAGAAGAGGUUCGAUCAAAUCUUGAGAAGUGGAGGUCUGCUAUUGAGAAGGAACUGGGUUCCUUGAAGAAGCAAGGUGUGUUGAUCAGUCACCGGGGUCAAGAGGCGAAGGAGCUGAUUGCGAAUCCAGAAAUGACGGUGAUUUCCUUGAAAGGGGUUUUCACUGCCAAGGCCCCGGGUGGGCCUGAGGAUGGCUUGUUCAAACGCAAGUGUCGAUUGGUGGGAUGUGGCAACCAGGCCACACAUGUGGAUGCUGAUUCUUUGUAUGCAGCUGGAGCCCCGGCAGAAGCGGUGCGAGUAGCAUUGACACAAGCAUACCACCACAAGUGGUCAGCGUUCACCACCGACAUCAAGUCGGCGUUUACCCAAACGCCAAUACCGGCGCAUGCAGCUCAGCGGUACCUGCUGCGUCCUCCCCGGUGGCUCGGACUCGCCGAACAGGGGGAGUACUACUCCCUAGGGAUGGUUCUCUACGGCUUCAAAGAAGCCCCGGCUUGGUGGUCUGACCACCGCGACGCGAAGUUGAGAAAGGCAGUUUUUGCAGAAUGCCACUUGGAGCAAGGAACAGCAGAUUCGUCAGUCUGGAGAAUCAUGAAAGGGACCGUCUUAAUGGGGUACUUGGUAACCUAUGUGGACGACUUCUUGGUUCUCAGUGACAAGAACACGGCCGGAGCUUUGCAUCAGUGGUUGUUGAGUGAAGCUGGGUGGGAAACCGAUGGGUUGAGCGAGGCGCGGCCUGGUCAUCCUGUGAGGUUCCUAGGCAUGCAACUUCAGGGUCAUGAAGAUGGGCAUUUCAGUCUGGACCAGGAGGCCUACGUUGACGAGCUCAUUCGGGCUUACAAGCUCAGCGAAGCGAACCGGUCAAAGAUUGUGUGCCCUAGAGAAAUCUUGAUGCAUGCACCGGAAACAGUGCAGCCUUUUGAUGAUCAGACAGUGAAGUCUGCUCAGAAGUUGGCAGGCGAAUGCCUAUGGUUGGCACAGCGAUCUCGCAUUGACAUUGCGUUUGCAACUACAGUUCUGUGUUCGAAAGUUUCGAAGGAUCCUCAUGGAGCCAUUGCAAUUGGUCAGCGAAUGAUGGCGUAUUUGCAUCACACCAAGGACUUCAAGCUUCACUUGAAGCCCACAGAGGGUGUGGCUCCUUUGAGAGUCUUCACUGACGCAUCGUUUGCCCCACUGGGGCAGCAUUCCUACGGUGGGCACAUCAUCGAAGUGUCUGGUGUUCCGGUGCUUUGGAAGGCAUCAAAACAACCUUUGAUUUCUCUGAGUUCUUCAGAGGCAGAGCUCAUUUGA